AUGCCACCAAAAGAUCAAGCAAAAGUGAAAAAAAGACAAAAAGAUACAGGUCAUGAAGUAGGUCAGCUUGGUAAUCUGAAGCAUCAUUCAUCACAAGGAGGAAAAGAAAAUGUUCAAUCUCGAAGAAUUUACUAUGAUGGUGAUGAUGACAAACAUAAAAAUAAAAAUAUUCUUUUAAAAUAUUGGACAUACAUGGCUAGAAAAAAAGAAAGUCCACAUCUCUUCACGUAUUUAUUGUUUGCUGCAAAAAGUUCAUUAAUUAAAUUAAAUAAUGAUUUUGAGAAAGCAAAAGCUUUUUUAGUUGAACUUUAUAAGACCAAAGAAAUAAAAUCAAAUGAUCCUAAUGUACUAGAAUUUUGGGAUUUAGUUAAAAUCACAAUAAGUAAUUAUUCAUACAUUGAGUAUUCAAUGUUUGUAGACAAACAAUCUAAACAAUUUGGGAUUAAAACAAUAAACGUGGAUAAUUUAUUGAAAAAAAAUAGAGCCUUACGUAGUUUAUCAAUGCUACAAUAUAAGGAGGAUGUUAAUCUAGUAACACAAAUAAUUGCAGGAAAUAUCACAAAUACAAAGCUAAUAAAAAAUGAUCCACUUUUGUCAGAGAUUAUUGAUGUAAUAUUUUUACAGAGUAAUAUCGUUAGUGAAUUAAACAUGGGAAAUGUUUUUGAUGAUGUAAAUCAAGGCUUAUCUAUUGAUGAUCUUCCAGAUGGAUUAGAGGAGGACAAUAACAUGAGUGAGUCUACAAGAGAAAGAAACGAUGAUACAAAUGGCCCAUGGAAAAAGCCUGACCUACAUGGUUACAUAUUUGGAAAAUUUUUAAAUUGGGAAAUAUGUUAUGGUGAAAUCAGUAAUGGUCCAAGAAAAAGAAACACAAGCUGUACUGAUCAUAUAAAAAAUGAUCACAAUAAAUUACUAAAGUUUGCUAAAGAUGGCUGGGAUAAGAUGAUAAAUUCAUUCAAGAAUAAACCCACUGAUAUUAGUAACUUUUUUAAUAUUGAAACAAUAUUGAUCCAUUGUCAUGCAUUACCAAAGGCACUAAAAAUUCCUGGGAUGUGCUAUUCUAAUGGAAAUCUGGUGUUAGCCGAACCCAACAUCUCCUCUCCUGUAAAAUCUCCUUUUCAGUCAGAGCAAAAAGCUCAAGAUCUCUUAACUAAUCAAGAUCAAAUGUCUUCUGAUGAGCUAAUGCUUGAAUUAGAAUUAUUAGAUCAGGAUUUACUGGAUGAAGAAAUUAAAAAAGCAAUAGAUGAUAAAGAAAAUAAACAUAAUACCGAUGACAUAUAUAAAACAAUUCUAAAGAAUUUAUUAAAAUCAAAUAUUGAAACAUUGAAGCAUAAAGGAAUGUACAAGAAACAAAUCAUAUAUUUAAAUGAACUUGAAUUGGACUUUUUGAAUCAUGAUGUGAUAAAUCAAGAGAUAUCUGAUAUUUCAACUAUUUCAAUAUUGGAAAAUAUAUGGGCAAGGAGAUAUUAUUUUUCAAGCUUUGUUGAUACAGAAUGGAGGGGUGAAAAAUCAAAAGAUGAAAAUAAUAUAAUAGAUUACAUGCAUCGCAUUUUGAUUCACUAUGGUGAUUACCUCAGUGAGCCAUAUAAAACGGACACCUUGGAGGAAGUAUAUGGAUAUGAGAUUUUCACACUAGAAAAUAGUUUUUUAUCAAAUGACAACACAAAAAAAUUUGUUGAUGACAAAUUGAAGAUCUCCAGAUACAACUGUGAUGAUUUAUUUACAUUAUGGUAUGACUUUGAAGAGAGAACUAAGCACUUAUAUAAAUUAAUAGAAAAUGAUUUGAGAUCGUUGAGAACAUGGGAGCUUCAAUUGUCUGGAGAGUGUAAUGGUCAAAACCACUUGCACCUUAACCUCUUCAGUACAAGGCAAGUGUAUCGAUUUCUCUUUUUAUUUUUAAAUGUUGAAUCUGCACCACUUCCUUGCAAGGAAGAUAAUCCAAGUUUUACUUCUUUAAGUAGAAUCACAGAAAUGAUGAUUAGAUUAGCA